AUGGAAGCACUCCAAACCGAUCCCGUGGAGCCACCCGCCCCUCCCCGACUGGCCCUGAAGCUGGCCAGUUCGGGCUUCGCAUUCUUCGUGGCGGGGCUCAACGACGGCAGUCUGGGGGCUCUGAUCCCUUACAUCCGCCAGCAAUAUGACAUCGACACCAACAUGAUCUCCGUUGUAUACGGAACCACUUUCGGCGGCUGGCUGUUCGCCGCUCUUACAAAUAGCUAUCUCAGCCAGUACAUCGACCUGGGCGUCUUUCUCGUCAUUGGAGCGGUCCUGCAGAUAGUUGCUCAUGCUCUCCGCGCCUGGCUCCCCCCGUUUCCGCUAUUCGCGGUCGCCUUCUUCAUCGCGACCCUGGGACAGGCUUACCAGGAACCCCAUGCAAACAAUUUCGUGACAACUCUAAAAGGCGCCCAUCGCUGGCUCGGUUUUAUCCAUGCUAUGUACAUGGGAGGCUGCCUCGCUGGUCCCUUUGUUUCAACCGCUGUCGCGACCGCGGGGAGCACAUCGCAAUGGGGACUCUUCUAUACUGCCCCGUUGGGGGUGGGUGUAGUGAAUCUUCUGCUAGUAUGCGCGGCAUUCCGCGAGCGCAUUACUUUCAAGCACCCUGAUCCUGCCGCUGAAGUGGCCGCGUCUGGGACCUCGCGCCAGAGAGACGCCAGAGUUGAAAUGCAAAAGACUCUCGCCAGCCCCAGUGUGUGGCUUUUGAGCUUGUAUUUUUUCUUCUUUCUCGGCGUUGCGAUCACCGCUGGCGGAUGGAUUGUGGAAUACCUGGUCGAAGAACGUGGUGGCGAUCUCGAUAAAAUGGGUUAUGUCCCGGCUGGCUACUACGGCGGUGCGUUUCUCGGCCGUCUCGUCCUUGCUGAGCCCACGUAUCGUCUUGGAGAGAGACGCAUGAUUGGCAUCUAUGUUGCGCUAUGUCUGGCACUUGAAUUGGUUUUCUGGCUGGUGCCUAAUAUCAUCACCGAAGCGGUCGCGAUCAGUCUCUUGGGGUUUUUCUCGGGGCCUUUCUUUGCUACGCUGUUUGCUGCCGAGAUCCGAUCGUCUGCGCUUGGUAAGUGUUCUACCCUGCUAAUAGCCAAGCUAACAAGUGUAGCGUUUAUCUUCCUUCUCGGACAGAUCGGAGGGGCAGUCUUUCCUGCUAUAACUGGAGUCAUAGCUGCAGAGUCAGGAGUCAAAGUCCUCCAGCCUAUACUCGUGGGCCUACUGGGAGCUACGGGGGUAUCCUGGUUAAUCAUUCCAAAGCCGCGCCUGCAUCACGAUUAA